AUGUCGCUACCCCUGAUCUCGCAGCUGCUCUGUCCGAUCCGUGGUCCUUUGAUCCAGAAGCAGGGGCCGUACCCGUCGGACCGGGAUGUUCGCCGUUAUGCGGCGGGAAUGUACGCCGAGUACUGCGAGUAUUGCAGAGGUUUGUGUGGCCGCACGCAGGACAAGGUGACGGAGUUGCUGGCGCAGUUCGAAGCAGAAACUCAAGACAACACCGCAGCGGAAUUGCUCUGGUUGCUGGAGUACCACUAUGUGCGCAUCCCAAGCGCACGUACAGAGGUGCGGGAGUUCUUUUCGGCAAUCUUCGAAUGCACGGUCGAGGAGUACAUGGAGCACAUGGCUCGCCAAGGUUUCGGGACCAAGGACGUGGAGAUCUUCGGCAUUUUUUUUGAAGAGGACUUGUUUUGA